AUAGCACCUUCCGACGCUCACUCAGCUGAACUCACAUCUUCCUUCAACAUGUCCUACAGCUGCUGCUCUGGAAACUUCUCCUCCCGCUCCUUUGGGGGCUACCAGCGCUACCCAAGCUCCGCCUGUGGCUCCUCCUACCCCAGCAACCUGGUCUACCUCACUGACCUCUGCUCUCCCAGCACCUACCAGCUGGGCUCCUCCCUCUACAGCGGCUGCCAGGAGACCUGCUGUGAGCCCACCAGCUGCCAGACGUCCUGCGCGGUGUCCAGCCCCUGCCAGACAUCCUGCUCCCGCCCGAGGGCCUCCACGCUCUGCAGUCCCUGCCAGACAACUUACUCUGGGUGUGUGGGCUCUGGGUCCAGGAGCUGCUGUUCCCUGAGCUAUGGAUCCAGAAGCGUCUGGUCUCUGGGUUGUAGAUCCAGUGGCUUCAGACCCCUGGGUUAUGGAGUCUGUGGUUUCCCUUCCCUGAGCUAUGGAUCCAGUUUCUGUCGCCCAACCUACUGGGCUUCUAGGAGCUGUCAGUCCGCGUGUUACAGGCCAACCUACAGAUCGGCCUUUUGUAGAUCGACAUGUUGA